AUGCGGCAACCUUGGAUCCUGGCGGCGCUGCUCACCGGUGGCCUCGUCGUCUCGUCUCCCGUCGAGACGGCCGCUCCACGACAGACGAGCUUGAUUGCGGGACUGGAGCCAACGCCUACGCUGGAGCUUCGCGCGGCCGCUCCAGACGUGAGCAUCCCCCCCGUCAGCAUUCCCCCCGUCAGCAUCCCUCCCGUGUCUAUUCCGCCCCUCUCGCUCGACUUGCCCACCGCAACAUGUACCCCGACCAUUGCGCCGGGCAAGGACGGCUACCUGCCGCCAGGCUCAUGCGGCGCACUCUGGAACUACUUCCCUUCCUUUGCCGCCGCCGUGGCCUUUGCCGUCCUAUUCGGCGUCCUCCUGGUCGCCCACCUCGGCCAGGCUCUUCAAUAUAGCACAGGCUUUGCUUGGGUCAUCAUCAUGGCUUCGCUAUGGGAAUGCGGCUCCUAUGCCUUUCGCGCUGCCGGCUCCAAAGACCAGCAGAGCAAUGCCAUGGCAACCAUGGCACAGCUUCUCGUGCUGCUGUCGCCCCUCUGGGUCAACGCGUUUGCCUACAUGGUCUUUGCGCGAGUCGUCAACUUCUUCUCGCCGACAAAAAAGGUCUGGGUGCUGUCGCCGAGCAUUCUCGCCAUCGUCUUUGUCUCUCUCGACAUCGUCUCUUUCGUCAUCCAGCUCAUCGGAGGCGGCAUGGCCGGACCGGGCAGCAGUCCUGAGUCUCAGAAAAAGGGCAUUGAUAUCUACAUGGGCGGCAUCGGCAUGCAAGAAGGAUUCAUCGUCCUCUUCGUCGGCCUCAUUGUCAAGUUCCACGUGGACCAGAUCCGAGCGGAGCGCAACGGCAUGGUUCCGCGUGACAAGAGCGCAUGGAGGCCCCUCAUCUACGCCCUUUACGGCUGUCUCCUCUCCAUCUCGGUGCGCAUCAUCUUCCGUCUCAUUGAGUUUUCGGGCGGCGCGGGCUACGACAACCCUCUGCCCAACACAGAGAGCUACUUCUACGCAUUGGACGGCGCUCCCAUGUGGCUGGCUAUUUUCGUCUGGAACGCCAUCCAUCCCGGGCGCUACAUGCAGGGGCCGGAUGCAAAGAUGCCCCCGUCAUGGUUAUCGCGACAUUUGUGCUGCUGCUGCCACCGCAAGAGCAAGGACGGCAUGGGACCACACCAGCGUCUGCGGGAGCCGCUGGAGGGUGACUCGAGCGAGCUGCGCGCACUAAGGUCCACAGAUGCGUCACUGUCAGCCAAAGAGUGGUCAGGAGAGACUGGCACCAUCUACGAGGGUCAGGUUCCGCGAGUCGGUCACUCUCAGCUGCUCACACCAUACGAGUCCUCUCGCGACGUUAGUCCGGAACCUACGUCCCAUGCUGUGAGACGGCCCCGCAACUUCGUGGGCUCUUAG